CGCUACACGACAACACCAGCCGUAUCCCGCCGCCUUCAUCCUUCCCUUACCUUCACCAAGCGCAUUUCCAAGCCUUAACCACCUACCACGCCUAACGCCGGCACUGCCCCCGCGCCGACCUGUAUCAUGACCUCGUCUUACGGUGCAGUCUCUUAUUAGCCCACCCUCCCUCUCCCCCUCGCGGACAGACCCCAAUGCGUGAGAAAGGUGUGGUGUCCUUCAUCGGAGCUGCCCGCAUGGACGAAGGUAGUGGCAGAUCCGGAGCUGUCGCAAUGCCCCCUGCUGAGCCGCUCCUCUGCGAGUAUGCUGCGCACUACUUCCCAGCACCGACUACGAACAACAUCGCCGAAUACGACGGGUUGAUUCGCGGCCUCCAGUUUGCUGCGCACAUGGGUUUCACGCACGUCACCAUUUUUGGCGACAGUCAGCUCGUUCUACGCCAGAUGCAAGGCGUCUACCGCCUUGGGCACCCAAACCUGCGCGAACCCUACCGCUCAUCAGCACGUACAUGGGCCGCACGAUUUCACUGCACAUGGGUUCACCGGCAAUCAAGCUGCGGACUUCUUAUCCAAACGCGCGCCAGACCUCGCAUGGGGCUUGUCGACUCUCCUUACUGGACACAACACGCCGCUCCCCCCCCGCGAUCUCGCCGCCCUGUACGAUUUUCUCGACGGUGACCUCACCUUCAACCCCGGUUGAUCCUCACACUUAGAGUGUAGCUUUACCUGUAUAAGCUCCUAA